AGGAAUAUGAUUAAGUCCUUCUACACAUCUAGCCUUUUGUUAGAUGUCCUGUCAGUUUUCGGCGAGUUAUCGGAGGAGGUAAGUCAUCAAUUAGGAAUACCCUUAUCCUACCCUGUAGGGCCUAUAGACUAUAUUGUAAAUAAAUCUACCUUUUUAUUUCAGAACAUUAAUAAAUUUACACUGUGUGAAGUAAUGUGUGUGUGAAGUAUAAUGAACUGGCUAUCCACAUUUCCAUCCUUACAUCAGUCCACGGCUGCUCUCAAAACCAUAGAAAAUCCAAGACAUGGAAAGAAUAGGGAAAUAGUGCGGACUGUAACAUAUAGACUCUCCAGCCCAGUCUAGGACCGUAGACAACUAGACACUAGUAGACCGACAAUCUCAGCAGCAGAGGCCUUUUUAAAGCUUCUCCAUGGGUCUCCAUGGCCACAGAUGUCUUUUCUACUUAGGGAAGUGGACUGUGGCAGAUGACAGACAAUGUUUCAUUGAAUGGCUGCUCUCCCUAAGGGCCAGGCAUUUUCCCGCUGUAGAAAGCUCAUUGGACAGGCUGCUUUAACACGGAGCUUUCUCUCUGUAACACUAACCCAGACAAAGGAGCCUCAGAGUCCCCCACUCGCUGAUUACUGGAGAUACGUUUUAUACAAAGCACGUCACAAUGCAUUAUGGGAGAUUGGAUUUCUUACAGAAAAAGGGACAUUUCAGCACCAGAGAGGAGUGCCAAAACUUUUAGUGGAUGGUGAUCUAGAGAGUUUAGCAGAUUGUAUGUGAGCCUGUUAAAUGGAGUGUGAGCUCUAAUUGUAGCUAUCAUCAGUCCUAAACUUUCCCUCAGGUCUAGUAUAUUGUUAUCUCCAGGGGUAGAUUAGAUUAGAAUUAUGAUUGUGUUAGUUGCUUUAGAAAUUAAUUGACUUUUUAUGUCUUCAUUGUACCCUGUGCAUGUGACUAAAGUCAUCUAAUUAAUUGCGCUAAAUCAGAAACAACCUGGAUUUACUUGUUGACUAAAGUGAAUCUGUAGUUUAGUAAAGUUUUGUACUAGAUCCUCCAAUGAAUUUCCAGUUAAUUAAUCCACAGAUAAGAUUACCAGGGAGUGAACUUUUUAAAUGAGGUCCAUAGAACUUCUAAUGAAUUUUGUGACCUGGGUGUUAGAAACCACAGCAAUUUCUUCAUCCUGUCGCCAUCCCUCCCUCUACCGUAAGCCAAAGGAAAAUCCAAACAGUCGUAUUUUAAGCCUCUUCCUCCAGUCGCCAUUGUUUAACUAAUUGCUUUUAAUUCACUUCUCUUAUCUUGAUUAUUUCUGUGUUAUUUACCUCCUCCCUCCCUCCUUACUCUUUUUCAGAACAUCCAGCACAGGAAGUAUGCGAGAUGGAAGGCCACCUACAUCCACAACUGUCUGAAAAGUGGUGAAACCCCACAGGCUGGCCCUGCUGGCUAUGAAGAGGAAACAUAUGGUAAGGACUGAUAUUCUAUCAGCACUGCCACCCAAACAAACUAUGACCCGUUAAGAAAAUACCUCUUCUCCUGGCCUUUCCUUCAGGAGCCUUUAGACCUGCUUUCCUCCGUCUGGGUGACGACGUGCUUCAGUCAGUAAAGGUUGGCUGUCAUUGUGUGCCUUAUCGAGUCUGAGAGUGCAGCAGCGGAGGCUUGCAGUGGCUUUGUGUGUGUGAGAGAGCUGAUAUUUGUUUCAUGGUUUUUUCAACCCCUUAUCCUUAGAGGGUCAGGAAGGGCCCAGAGUAGGUAGUUUUACCCUGUGGCUGUGGUGUAAGAAUUAUGUAAUGUUACAAAAUCUUUGGCAAAAUCUUUGGAUUGAAGGUUGCAGCUGACAUCCACUGGUUAAGAACAGUCUUAAAAUGAGUUUGUAUGAUUGUGUUACAUACAUCAGUCUUAUGUUGGUUUGUGUGCGAGGGCCCAUGUCUGUCUGUCUGUCGGUGUACAUUUUAACACCCUUUAGAGACUGAGACUCGCAGAGUAACUACAUCUCGGACCAAGUACUGAGUGGUUGGCCAGGCGGUACAGAUGCCCCAGUUGAGCAGUUUCCUGAGAUGAGACAGGACAGGACAGGGCUGGGGGACUGGGGGACCCUCCGAACCACCUGUUAGAGGGUGAUAUGAAGCCGACCAUGGCGCUGCAGAUGGCAGAGCAGUUAGAUCACUGUGCUCCUCUCUGAACAUCUGUUGGGCGUGAUACAGUACGUUUGACCUGAGCACCACAUGUCAGCGAUGAAGUCAUCUCUAGAGCCCUCCACUCUACUGCGACCCAACCCACACGCAGACUGAAAUGAUGGGGACAGGGCCUCUAAAUCAACGUGUGGCUGGUCUUUCCCCUAUUUCAUCUCUCUUUUGAUUUAGCCACACAGAUGAAUAGAAGUUACAGUAUGACUGUCUGUGAAGUCUAGUUUUAGACACAGCCUACUUUCUGGUGUAGUUCAUCUCUUUGUGUGGGGAGUGCAACGUCCCUCCCCUCCCUCCCGCCUGUUGUGAAUGUGGGCCUCCGUCUGUAAGUGGUGACAUCAUGCAUGGUUAUUCCCACCGAUGUGUAACAUUGCCAAGAGAAAGCUGAUAUCAUACUCUCUCCUCUCCCUCAUAUUGAGUCUAACUCAGUCCACACACAUCAGGAUCUUAUCACUGCAUCUCACUGUUUCCACAUGUCUGUCAAACAACUCAGGAAGAGGGUGACCCGUUGCUCAUCAUUACAUGAAAACAUGCAGACGUGCUGCAGGGUGACAAUGAAAAGAAAGUAGGAUGUGUUAAAAUGAUGAACAGACUGUACUUUGGGUGUUCAUUUUGGGAUUUUCGUCUUUUAGUUUUUACUCUUGGUUUUACUGUAUUUUCAUAUGGGGAUAGAUUUUUAUUUUAGACUUAUAGCCAUUUUGACGUUGUAUUGGUUUUACUGUCUUUUAUUAACACCGUUCAUUAGACCUGUUUAGUAGGUUAAUGAAACCUACGUGUGGGAAUCAAACUUACUUUGUUUAGGGGCCACAGUGACUGCAUUGUCUCAGAUACAUAUUUGCUUGACUUUCCACUUCCAAGGAGGAGGAGAUGAUUAGCAAGGGGAAAGAAAUGGAGGAAAACAUUGUUGAAAUGAGGGAGAGCCAAUAGGAAGCAACUUUGUUGAUUAGCACAUUUUCCCCAAGCCUCAACCGUGGUGCUGAACCCUGUCCUGAUGGAAGAGAGAGAGCCAGAGGCAGAACAAGUGCAAGCUUCUAGCCAUGUUGCCCACAAGUCCUGUCCAGUCAGAGAAGGCACGCUUGUUUUGUAGCCAUGCCACCAAAUGAUGGAAACUAGUACAGAUGUAUUUGAUUCCUUAACAUUUCAUGAAAAAUAAGGUCACAUCUCAAAUAACCAAUGUGGUGAGGGCAAAGCAUGGAAAGUGGGAGUUUAACUCAAAUUCAACUUCACAAGCUACAAAUACUCUGUCAAUGUUCUCUCACAGGGCAUCAAUAAUGUACUGAAGUGUCUUUUUUAGUCUAUCAUUAGGAUUAGGGGCUCUUUCAGAACAUUCAGUACCUCUGCAGUUGCCAAUCAAUUAAAUUAGGUGAGUAGGUGUGUCUGUUGGCCUUUUGGCCAAGUAGAAGACUGUCAUCAGCUCAACACAUAUGCGUUGUGGCUACUUUGUUUGAGUCUUAUAAUUGGGUUAGCAAAAUAUACAGUACCAGUCAAAAGUUUGGACACACCUACUCAUUCAAGGGUUUUUCUUUAUUUUUACUAUUUUCUACAUUGUAGAAUAAUAGUAAAGACAUCAAAACUAUGAAAUAACACAUAUGGAAUCAUGUAGUAAACAAAAAAAGUGUUAAACAAAUCAAAAUAUAUUUUAUAUAUCUGAUUCUUCAAAUAGCCACCCUUUGCUGUGAUGACAGCUUUGCACACUCUUGGCAUUCUCUCAACCAGCUUCACCUGGAAUGCUUUCCAACAGUCUUGAAGGAUUUCCCACAUAUGCUGAGCACUUGUUGGCUGCUUUUCCUUCACUCUGCGGUCUGACUCAUCCCAAACCAUCUCAAUUGGGUUGAGGUCGGGGGAUUGUGGAGGCCAGGUCAUCUGAUGCAGCACUCCAUCACUCUCCGUCUUGGUAAAAUAGCUCUUACACAGCCUAAAGGUGUGUUGGGUUAUUGUCCUGUUGAAAAACAGAUGAUAGUCCCACUAAGCCCAAACCAGAUGGGAUGGCGUAUCGCUGCAGAAUGCUGUGGUAGAUAUGCUGGUAUUGUGUGCCUUGAAUUCUAAAUAAAUCACAGACCGUGUCACCAGCAAAGCACCCCCACACCAUAACACAUCCUCCUCCAUGCUUUACAAGGGAACUAUACAUGCAGAUAUCAUCCGUUCACCUACUCUGCGUCUCACAAAGACACGGCGGUUGGAAUCCAAAAUCUCAAAUUUUGACUCUAGACCAAAGAACAAAUUUGCACCUGUCUAAUGUCCAUUGCUCGUGUUUCUUGGCCCAAGCAGGUCUCUUCUUAUUAUUGGUGUCCUUUAGUAGUGGUUUCUUUGCAGCAAUUUGACCAUGAAGGCCUGAUUCACACAGUCCCCUCUGAACAGUUGAUGUUGAGAUGUGUCUGUUACUUGAACUCUGUGAAGCAUUUAUUUGGGCUGCAAUUUCUGAGGCUGGUAACUCUAAUGAACUUAUCCUCUGCAGCAGAGGUAACUCUGGGUCUUCCAUUCCUGUGGCGGUCCUCAUGAGAGCCAGUUUCAUCAUAGCGCUUGAUGUUUUUUGCGACUGUACUUGAAGAAACUUUCAAAGUUCUUGAAAUGUUCCGUAUUGACUGACCUUCAUGUCUUAAAGUAAUAAAGACUGUCAUUUCUCUUUGCUUAUUUGAGCUGUUGUUGCCAUAAUAUGGACUUGGGUCUUUUACCAAAUAGGGCUACCUUCUGUAUAUCCCCCCUACCUUGUCACAACACAACUGAUUGGCUCAAACGCAUUAAUUCCACAAAUUAACUUUUAAGAAGGCACACCUGUUAAUUGAAAUCUAAUCCAGGUGACUACCUCAUGAAGCUGGUUGAGAGAAUGCCAAGAGUGUGCAAAACUGUCGUCAAGGCAAAGGGUGGCUAUUUGAAGAAUCUCCAAUAUAAAAUAUAUUUAGAUUUGUUUAACACUUUUUUGGUUACUACAUGAUUCCAUGUGUUAUUUCAUAGUUUUGAUGUCUUCACUAUUAUUCAACAAUGUAGAAAAUAGUAAAAAAUAAAGAAAAACCCUUGAAUGAGUAGGUGUGUCCAAACUUUUGACUGGUACUGUACAUCAUUUCAGAGUGUCAUUAUGAGGAGGAGAGUUUCUAUGCAGUGUAUCACUGGUCUGUGACUACAGGACUGAAUUUUGAUGGUGUCAGUAAUGCAUAUCCUUUCAAACUUUGGGAUGGUCUGUCCUAUGCACAAGGCAGCAUUCCGAGCCUUGAGACUUGCAUUCGAUAAAAUCUUUCCAUCUGUUUACGAUCCCUUCUUCACGGUCUCUGUCGCUAAUUAUCCCUGUGCAUUUUUUCACCCUGCUGGCCAGUUAUUGGGUCAAACUGAACCAAGCCCUUGUGCUAGAGUCGCUGUCAACACCCAUUUAAAACGCCCAUCACUCCCGACUGUUAUUGGCACAAAUCAAGAUUAAGUGGGCCAUUGGCAAAACGCUCAACCACAGCUCCCGUCUCUGCUCCUUUCACUGAUUCAGACAUAAUGUGAGAUUAACCGCAGCUUUAUCUUUACUGUCUGUCUCUCACAUGGCUCUAAUCGUGAGAGUUUCAUCUGAUCCAAAGAGAGGAGUGAGGUGUGUGUGUGUGUGUGUGGGGGGGGGGGGGGGGGGGGGGUGUUUUUUUUUUUUUUUUGUGGUUUUUAUCUCGGAGCAAUCAAGAUCCCCCUCUGUAAGUAAGUAGGAUACAAUGCUGCUCAGUGUGUGCGGCUGAGGGUGUGCAGGGCUGGGCUGUGAGUGACUAGAGCAGAACAGGGAGAGUCAGGGGAGAGUGUCUGCAGGGAAACUUCCCGGUUCCUGUUUCACAGCUCCAUAGUUCUCCAUAUCUCAGAGAGAUGUUCUGGGACCAGCCCUCCCCAUCCUCAUCUGGCCCACUCCCUCCUAUUAGCCCCUCAAUCCUCUGGGUCUGCCCAUAGACUAGCGGCCUUUCGCACCACGACAAAUGCAGAUGUAGUCACAUAAGCCUAGACGGUUUAUUUGUGUUAGCCUACCCCAGCCAUAUUAUUUCACCUUGAGUCUUGGGGAAAACGGGACAAUAGGCUAGAGAAACUUAAAUAUUGGCAGAGGAAAUGGUUUUAAGACUGACACAGAAACAUAUAUGAAAAUGUGUUACGGUCUGUUUUUCAUUCAUCUCACACUUCCUCUCCAUAAUGUAAUUUUAUGGAGGUUAGGGAUCUAUGUCCAAAGUGGUGUCAAAUAUAGCACAUGUAGGCACAUACAGUGUAUGAUUUUUAAUCUCAGAAAAUAUAUUUGGGGUUAAUAUUUUCUUUAAAUUAAAUCUGGUCACUCCAAAAUAUGUUUUAAGCAUAGUAUUACUUUUAAUGAGUCUAAAGAACAGGCGCCAUACCCAUGAAAUGGAAUUUCCACCAUUACUGGAUUUAAGCUUGUUCUUCUGGGAUUUGGCUCACUGUGCUUUAGAAACAUGGUGUAUAUCGCAGCUCAAAGACUGAGUAGAUAACCUUUUCCUGUUAAGCCCAUUGAAGUUCAGUACACACAAAAAACACUUGACACUUUUUGAAGUCUUGUUUUUGUUUGAAUAGUCUUUUAAAGUCAAAUAUGUUUAGUCUUUUAUACGUUGUCAUUACUCAAGUACUUCUGUUUUAAUCUUAGGCUUCGUCUUUGCAUAAGAAAAUCUAGACUUAAUGCCUGGUAUGUUUCUCCACAACUUAGUGUUCACAUCAUUCCGUUUGAGCAGUAUGUCGGCACUCGGCACAUUGCCCCAAAGUGGCCAUCUCUAAUUCAUCUCAGCCAAUCCAUGCCAAGAAGCUGUCAUUGUGUGUUGGAAGCUCAUAUCCACUUCCAUAGCUGUAAGGUUUCCUGUAACCUUCCUUUGCAUCACUGUUUACAUGAAGGAAAAAAGGGGCUCCUUGGUGACUCAUUCCUCCUGUUUGCACAAGACAGCGUGAGGAGAGGAUGGCUGGUCUGGGACCUGGUGGUAGUUUCAUCUUGAGGCAUACCCACCCCACGGUCUGCACUGUGAAAAAUGAACCAAUCAUGGUCUUCGGAAUAGAUUGAAGCAUAUUGCGAAUUGAAGCUUCAGAAGUAAAAUCCACAUGAUUGAAAAAGAAAAUGUGGGAAAUGUUUUUGAAAGGGAUUACCAAGAUAAAGUGUAGCAUCCUGUUGUGCUUUGAUGAAAAAGUGUUUGUGGCCUGAUAGAAGUGUAACAUAUUUGGUAGACUUGUUAUUGUACCCUACCAUCUUGAGUCAGCCGCUGAUAUUGUUGCCACAGCAAGGUAAUGAUGUAACUCAGUGGGCAGUACAGUCGUAGGUCUUCACAAUGUUCGCUGCUUCAGUGUUAUGAGAUAUUUUUGUCAGAUGUUACUAUGGUAUACUGAAGUAUAAUUACAAGCAUUCCAUAAGUGUCAAAGGCUUUUAUUGACAAUAACAUUACGUUUAUGCAAAGGGUCAAUAUUUGCAGAGUUGACCCUUAUUUUUCAAGACCUCUGCAAUCCACCCUGGCAUGCUGUCAAUUAACAUCUGGGCCACAUCCUGACUGAUGGCAGCCCAUUCUUGCAUAAUCAAUGCUUGGAGUUUCCUGGCCAUGGACCCAAAAUGUUGAUGUUUUGUUCCCCGAGCCACUUAGUUAUCACUUUUGCCUUAUGGCAAGGUGCUCCAUCAUGCUGGAAAAGGCAUUGGUCGUCACCAAACUGUUCUUGGAUGGUUGGGAGAAGUUGCUCUCGGAGGAUGUGUUGGUACCAUUCUUUAUUCAUGGCUGUGCUCUUAGGCAAAAUUGUGAGUGAGCCCACUCCCUUGGCUGAGAAGCAACCCCACACAUGAAUGGUCUCAGGAUGCUUUACUGUUGGCAUGACACAGGACUGAUGGUAGCGCUCACCUUGUCUUCUCCGGACAAGGUAUUUUCCGGAUGGAUGCCCCAAACAAUCGGAAAGGGGAUUCAUCAGAGAAAAUGACUUUACCCCAGUCCUCAGCAGUCCAAUACCUGUACCUUUUGCAGUAUAUCAGUCUGUCCCUGACGUUUUUCCUGGAGAGAAGUGGCUUCUUUGCUGCCCUUCUUGACACCAGGCCAUCCUCCAAAAGUCUUCGCCUUACUGUGCGUGCAGAUGCACUCACACCUGCCUGCUGCCAUUCCUGAGCAAGCUCUGCACUGGUGGUGCCCCGAUCCCGCAGCUGAAUCAACUUUAGGAGACGGUCCUGGCGCUUGCAGGACUUUCUUGGGCACCCUGACGCCUUCUUCACAACAAUUGAACCUCUCUCCUUGAAGUUCUUGAUGAUCCGAAAAAUUGUUGAUUUAGGUGCAAUCUUACUAGCAGCAAUAUCCUUGCCUGUGAAGCCCUUUUUGUGCAAAGCAAUGAUGACGGCACGUGUUUCCUUGCAGGUAACCAUGGUAAACAGAGGAAGAACAAUGAUUUCAAGCACCACCCUCCUUUUAAAGCUUCCAGUCUGUUAUUCUAACUCAAUCAGCAUGACAUAGUGAUCUCCAGCCUUGUCCUCGUCAACACUCUCACCUGUGUUAACGAGAGAAUCCCUGAUAUGAUGGCAGCUGGUCCUUUUGUGGCAGGGCUGAAAUGCUGUGGAAAUGUUUUUUUGGGAUUUAAGUUCAUUUUCAUUGCAAAGAGAGACUUUGCAAUUAAUUGCAAUUCAUCUGAUCACUCUUCAUGACAUUCUGGAGUAUAUGCAAAUUGCCAUCAUUAAAACUGAGGCAGCAGACUUUGUUAAAAUUAGUAUUUGUGUAAUUCUCAAAACUUUUGACCACGACUGUAUAUCUGCAUGUUGUCUUCUGACUUCAUCCACAGUAAUAUAUUUUAUUGAGACGUUUAUAGAUUCAUACCUCAUAUCAGUACUUAACAUUCAGAGUCUUGCGUAAGUUCAGCCUUAUCAGAAUGACUGGCGUGAUAUGGGGGCAGGGUAGUUGUCCAUUGUCAACUUGAAAAGUUGAGUAUAAAUGCAAACAAUAUGAGCUCCAUGACAGGGAUCUGAGAGGUCUGCAAACUACAUAUCUUAGAAUCCUCUGUCUUUUUCCCCUCUCCUUGUCUCCCCAGAUGAGGAAUAUGGUGCUGAGGGUGGAGGGGGACCCUCCUCUCAGUCUGCUCAGCCCCAGUCUCCACCCCAUUCCCAGCCCGGCUUCAGGGAUCCAAACCAGGUGCCUGGGUCCAUGGGGGGUCCCCCCUACCCCCAGGAACCGGGCUCCAUUGGGGGUCCCCCCUACCCACCCACCAACUACAACAAUAUCCACAUCCCCCCUGGAGCCCACUGCCCAGCCAACACACCUGCAGAGCUCCCUCCACCUGCAGGUAAAGGAUAGGACAUCUACACACCACCCUGCCAUCCACAACACUCAUCAGAGCCUUUAGAAUACUCAUGAGAUGUUCAUGUCUUUAGAUAUAUCAGUGCAGUCUUACCUUGUGAUUACAAACAUGAUCAGCUCUAGCAGAGAGACAGAGAAUGGUCAUGAUGAAGACUUCAUAGACUUGACUAAUUAUUUGUCUGCCUAGUUUGACUAGGCUAAUUCUUCAUCUGACCAUUUUUCUUCUCCUGAUGUAUAACAGAGUGGUGUUCCCCUGGCAUAACUUGAGUACAGCUCAGCUCAAGCCUAUGGGAUACACUUUGCCAUUAUACCCGUCUUGUAUAUUUUGGCAUUGGCGACAAGCAUAGGAAAAAGGCCUAAUCAUUUUUCCUUGGCAGGUCUUUUGUGAGCGGAGAGACAGGAUUGUGUAAUGAACCCUAAUGGCUGCUUUCUUUGCGGCUGACUUGGGUGUUGUGUCCCAUAUCACCCAGGGAACAGUUACCUCACACAAAGCAGCCAACACUAGUCAUUUGUAACACCCCCACCAGACAAAGACCAACGAGAUAUGUUUGUUUAUUCAUUCUCUAGUGGUUAUUAUUAAUAUGUCACAUGCUCAUUAAGGUUGUUGUUGAUGAUAAAUGACAUCAACAUAGGUUGUGGAUGUAAUAUGGACAGUUGAGAUUUAUCAUAGUUUCCUUAUUGACUCAGUCUUGGCAGGCCGUGGGCGGCAGAGGUCUGUCCAGGUCUUGGCCUUCCUGACUUUACCCUGCGUGUCUUCCUGUUUUCCCUGCUAUCACGCUCUACCUUUUAAAGAGCAGAGCCAGGGGUGAAGGCAGGGGGUCCGUGAGAGCAGGGUCCACUCUGAAGCCCUGAUAGUGUGCUUUCCCCCCGAAGGCCCAGGGCCUGCCUGUGUCAUCUGUGAUUAGCCCACUGGCUCCCAGGCACAGAGGAAAUGACUCGGCUCCACCCAGUGACCCCAGAGGUGCUCUGGCACUAAUUGAAUCGGGGGCGGCACGCCACGCUGCAUACCUCAGAGCCUGCAAUACAAACACAUGAAAUAUAGCUGUACAGAUUUCCCCCAGGACCUCCCUUGUUUUUUGGGACCCAUGUAGCUGGAACCUGUUUCAGGAGUCUAUACAUUGGCUGUGAGGAGCAAAAUUAACAUUGUUCCAGAUUACAUCAAAUCUGACCUUGUUUUCAUUAUAGCUCUGCAGUAAAUCAUCCAUUUGGCUUGAGUGAAUGUACUGAGGCCUGAGCAGCUCUCUGCGCUCUAAGUGCAUUCAAACCACUUCUCUUUAUACUUCAUAAAGUCAUAUAACAGCGUUAGCCAACACAUUUCUUGGUUGUGGCGUAGCAGAAGUUGAAAGUGCCCUGUAUUGUUUUUCCUGGACUCUAGAGGUUAUGGGUGGACUGGACUAACUCUGCCCUGUUCCCCUGUGUUAGCAGGAGAACCCAUUAAACCAGUGCCUGUUCCCCGAAGCAUUCCGGCGGUCGACCCCUCACUGCGGAGUGCCACUCAGGAAGGUAAGGAGUAAGAACAGGACAGGGACAGCAUAGUACCCCCUUCCCUUCCCCAGGCACCCUGGGGCUCACCUCUCCCACAUCUCAAAACCACCACGGUGAUGGCUCUCCUCUUGGCUGUGAGGAGACGAGGGGUGGGGGGCAUGAGUGGUGGAGAGAGACUGGCACACGGCAGGUCUCCUCAUAAAAUGCUUUAUGGAAAACAGACUUUGGGCUCUUGGAUUCCAGCACUGGUGGGAAAAAUAUGACCACAGACAAAACCCAAAUAAUCACAGUCUGGCUGAUGAAAGGAAAAUGACUGCAUUACCAAUUGCAGUGUCAUGACAAUGCAGCCUUAAUAAAUGUUAAUGAAUCGAGAGCAGAAAACACCGCAUUUGGUUGGCAUGAGAGGUGAUAAUUACAUGGCUUACUCAGCAGGAGCUAGUGUGAUAGUGUUACAGAGUAUUCAGACCCCUUGACUUUUUCCAUAUUUUGUUACAUUACAGCCUUAUUCUAAAAUUGAUUAAAUUAAUUUUCCCCUCAUCAAUCUACACACAAUACCCCAUAAUGACAAAGCGAAAACACGUUUUUAUAAUUUUUGCAAAUGUAUUAAAAAUAAAAAACAGAAAUACCUUAUUUAUAUAAGAACAUUACCAAAUACACUAUGGCAAAUGAAAAAUUAUCUGCUAGAAGUGAAUAGAAUAAAAGUGUACUGUGUAAUAUUUACAAAAUCACCUGAUUUGGCCUGAUCUAUUCCUAGCGCUAGCGCAAUUGCUAACUAGCGUUAUUGCAAUGACUGGCAUGCUAGCAGAUACCAUAGACUUCCAGCCAUUGUGCUAAUGCUAGAUAGCAUUGGCUUGUGAAACUACCUCUAACUUCCUUUAUAUUGGACACAGAGACAUAAAAAUGGUAUCCUCAAGUUAAUCUGACUCUAUGGAAGUAAAUAAAGUAUCACUUUAAUUUAUGACCUUCAAAGCCAAGCAAAAUAAGAAGAAACAGAAAACGUUAUAAUAUUGACAUUCUGUUUCUCUAUUUGAGGAGGCUUUAAGCGAUGUUUUGAAAACAGUUGAGAGCACAGUGAUGGGCUUUGACCAGACCAUUUAACCUGCCCCCAAAUAUUAAGUACAUUAACCACCCUCAGAGCUGUACAAAUCUUUCCUCAGAUGGAACAGCGUUUUCGUAGUGGUAUAUUCUGAAGGGCCAAGGUUAUAAAAUUACCAUAAUGGCCACCAGCGUCUGCCUUGAUUUAACACAAGUGUUCAGAAUCUACCCAACCUCAGCCUAACCCUAUAAUUUAAAUGACUGGUGGUAAAUAUGAGCUUAUUGUGGCAAGCCACAAAUAAAUCCCUUGCCAUGUGGCUAAUACGUGAGUACUUUCUGCCCGUAAUGUUUAUUUACAUUUUUUGGUAAAUGGGACAGUCACUGGUAGACAAUGAAAGGUUGGGGAAAUUUUGUCCAUGAUCAUCAUCAUUUGUGUAUCACUCACUGUAGCUGAUUGAAAAGGUAAGCAAUUAUCCUGAAUCAUGUUAUUAUUUUCAAACAUUCUGUCACCUCAGUUUUUCCUUCCUCUAGUUUUUAACAAGUUGCAAAACGACAUGUUCUUAUUCAUUGUCCAUACUGAUAAAUAGGCAUUAACAUUACUUAACAUAUACACAAGAAACCUAUCAUUUUGAAACACACCAUUCAAUGUUUUAUGUUGAUGUUACUACAAAUGUGCUUUAAACCAUUUGGAAUUCUGAAGAAAUUGAAAAUGCUUAGCAUAUGUGUCUAGACCGACAUGGUUCUUUCAGAGUUAUAAAUAGUGUCUUAUAUUGAAAAAUGGUAAUGACACUCAUGGCCAGUGUCUCAAAUUCUGGUGAAAUUGCAGAGUGUGGUUGGUCUUGUGAAAUACGUUUUGAGUUAAGGGAGAAAUCAGAGAGAUGUUUCAGACUGGUCUGACUCAGACAAUUUAUGACCUAAUAGGGCGGGUCAGUGAAGGAGUAAAAUAGGGGUGGUGUCACAUUCUCUCUUAAUUAAGAGAUCACAUUCUAUAGUGUGAACUUUUAUUUUCAAUAAUUACACUUAUCUCACAGGAAGUCCUUAUUCUUUGUCAUGGCAGGUGACGUGCGCCUCACACCAGAGGACUACACCAGGGCUCAGAAGUACUGCAAGUACGCCGGCAGCGCCCUGCAGUACGAAGACGUGGGCACGGCGGUGCAGAAUCUGCAGAAGGCCCUGAAGUUGCUUACCACUGGCAAAGAAUGAGACCCAUUGUCCCCCGGCGUCACUGUGUCACUAUAUCGCUGAUCUAGCCCAGAAGAAUUAAGAGACCAUUACCCUCUAAUCUACAGCAGCCCCAGCUGUAUCCGUCUGAAGAAAGCAAUUCUGUCCCAAGCAUUCAACAUCACUGUAAACAACAAGGACAUCUGUGUCUCCAUAUUGGACUCCUGUUGUGGAGCUUCCAACUUGGCUGUCCAUAACUAGUGAGUUGCUCACGAAAGACUUCCUGAGCCUGUAUGUUAAAACAGUGCAUUUAUCACCUGCUAAUAUACUCCUUAUAUUAGUUUACACAAACAACUUAUUGACUGUAGUUUUGAUAACACUUUUGUGUAACACACAUAUCCCCUUUGUAUGUAUGUUUUGGGAACAUACUUGGUUUGCUGUUCAAAAUCCUAAAGAAAUACACAUUUUCUCAUUUAAUUUUACAUGCACUAAGUAGCCCAAUGCUUCAAGUAGAUAUAAUCCACUAUUUUCAGGCGACAUUGAUCUUUCCUUUACUGUGUUUUCAAUACAGUAUCUAUUUGUCUUCUUUUCUUGGGUGAAACGACUGUCAUUUCUGCAUCAACACAAUUUAAA